CGUUUUUGGAAUAAGAUGCAAUUUUCACUGAUUUUCAUCGUCAUUUGUGUAUUAUUCCUCCAAGCGGAUGCUUGGUGGGUGAGGAGAUGGUGGGGCAGAAAUGGUAAUAGCAGAGGGUGUCCAGCAAGAAGUGGAGCUACGCCGUACUAUUUCGGUACAACAAGAUUGAGCUGCAUCAAAAAAUUUAAACGAGGUGCACCUACGAGAGGAAGGUUAUCCCUUACUCACCGCUUCAUUUACUACAAGGGAAAAUAUUUCGAUUUCCUAGGUAAAUCGAUGGUCGCAAUUUCAAAUAGCCGACUAGCGGGAAGCAGGUGCAGUGGUGGAAUUGAGGGUUCGCCAGCAGGGUACAGCUCUGUGAAGCUUAGUUGCAUUGAGGGUUGCGCCAGAAACUAUCGCUGUGCAUAUGGGAGGUACAGUUUAUUGAGAAACAACUGCCACGACUUUGCCAACAGGAUGUCUAAAAUUCUCUGUAAAAGAGGAUCUGGCUGUCCGAGCUGGUGCCAGGGAAGCUGCAACUAUGCUUAUUACACUAAAUAGUGAAUUAAUAGAAGAGAAACC